AUGGGUUCCGCAGAGCAAGGCAAGAUCAAGGUUGCUAUCGUAGGAGGAGGGAUCUCGGGUUUAGCUCUGGGGGCUGGUCUGACGAAGAAGCCUCAUAUCGACUUUCACAUCUAUGAGAGCGUACCGGAGUAUAAGGAUGUUGGCGCUGGACUGGCAUUACAUCUAAACGCGAUCAAGGCGAUGUUGCUCAUCGGGGACGAAGUUCGGGAGGCAUACUCGAAAAAGGCAUUGAACAUGGGCGAUGAAGCUCUCGAGAUGGCAACGCAGGUGAUAUUAGCACAUGGACCUAACGAGGACAUGAAGGGGCUGAUGGAACUGCUUCCUCCCGGAUGUGUGACGUUUGGCAAAAGAGCUGCGAGCGUGGGACAAGUUGGCGAUGUUGCGAAGGUGAGGUUUAAGGAUGGUGAAGAGAUCGAGGCGGAUUGUGUUAUUGGUGCGGAUGGUGUGCAUAGUGUGACAAGAGCGUAUAUACUGGGCCCAGAUCAUCCGGCUGUUGGGGCGAAGAACCAUGACGGGUACCAGAAUUACAGGCGGACGCUGCCAAUGGAUGAGGCGAGGGCAUACGGCAUGGAUCCCAAGUGGACGACUUACGUCCCUAUUCUGUGUGGUCCACGAGGCUACAUCAACAGCAUGCCCCUCGACAAAGGUCGCCUACUCAGCGUCGGCAUCGUAGUCCCAGGCCUUCGCUUCGAAGCCGACAAAAUCGGCGGCGCACCACCCCUCGACCCAACAAAAUACGACGACUACAGCGACGAAGCCAAGAAAAUGAUCAAAAUGGUCAAAGACGACCCAGCGGACUCAUGGUCUUACGCAGACCACGACAACGCGCCCUUCUACUGGCGAGGAAGAGUUUGCAUGAUCGGCGACGCGGCACAUACCAUGUACCCUUUCGCUGGAAAUGGAGCCGCUCAAGCGUUGGAAGACUGCGCGGUGGUGAAUGCCCUGUUCGACAAAGUGACGUCGAAAGACCGGAUCGAGAAAGCUUUUGAAGCGUUUGAUACAGCUCGACGACCACGGUCGCAGAGAGUCGUGGAGAUUUCGAGGGAGUUUGGAUGGCUAUAUGCGUAUUCGUACGGGGACUUGCAUACUGAUCCGGCGAAGAUGAAGGCGUUCAUGAGGGAGGCGGGAGGGUUUACGAAUAAUGUGGAUUUGAACAAGCAGAAUGAGGCUGCGAUGGAGGCUUUUGAGAAGUUAUUGUAG